AUGCAAGAGCAAGUCAAGUGCAACUGUGUGGAGUGCAGCAUUGUUCCGACUCCUGCGUCUCCAGUCAUCCUCCGCAACAUAUUCAGCCGCUGUCUUAGCGCCGAGCCAGCUGCUUCCAAACCCCUGGACCUCUCCAAGGAGAUCCUUGAAAUCACAUCAAUGUGCCAGCUGAACUCGGCUGUCAUUUGUCGAUCGGCAGAUCAGCCGAAGCCCAAGAGGCUUGGUCAACAACGCGUCAGUGACGAAGAGUGUGCAGCGCAGAUUGAUCGUUUCAACGUUUCGGCAUAG